AGCAAGCGCUUUCGAAAGCACAUCUUCAAGAUGAUGUCGUUUACGAUAAUUCUUGGGGUGGUCGCUGGGACGGCAGUGGCCAUGCCGACUAAAGGAACAGAGUGUUUGAAGGAGGGUAGGUACCCCAUUCCAAAUACAUGUGAUGGUUUCUUCGACUGCAUACCUGAUGGCACUGGGGGUUAUGAAUCGUCUAUAGACGACUGUAAUGGAUUUCUCUACAACACCACCUCCAGGACCUGUAGCAGUGAAGUGGAAUGCCUCUCCCGAAGUAAGCGGAGUGUUACUACAGCAUAUCCCAAGUACUCUUACUUGUGUGAAGGUCAGCCUGAUGGCUUUGUGUGCGCUGACUGCAGGACCAUGGUCAUGUGUGUGAAAGGGCAGGCCUUUGUCCGCCAGUGCACCAGUGGAAGAUCCUGCAGCGUUAAGACUACUACCUUUGGGGGUGCAGUGUGCUACCCAGGGCUUCCGGCUGAAUGCACCUGCCAGAAUGCGGACACCUUUGUCCGUGAUCUCUAUGACCCACAGAAGUUCUUCAGCUGCUCUUCCACUGGCGCAAUCCCUGAGGAUCACGUGUGCCCUGACGGAAUGGUGUUUGACGAGACCCUUAAUCAGUGUCGCAACCAAGCAAGCCUUCCAGCUUGUGGACGGCCUGGUGUCUUUGCAAAUCUGGAAGACUGCUCUGAAUAUUACUCGUGCAUCUCUCUUCAACACGGGUGGCUGCAGAGACUGUUCAUGUGCCCCAGUGGAACGCUGUUCAACGAGGUAACGGGAGCUUGUGAAGAUCCUUGCACACGGACAAUGGUGUGCUAUGAGGAAGGCAGGUUCCCAGAUCCCCUUGACCGCCGUAGCUACUAUGAAUGCCUGAUUAUUGGUGGCCUGAUGAAGCGUGCCCGCUACCAGUGCCCCCAUGGCUACGUGUGGAAGGCUGAUGAUUCUGGUGAUGGGGGAGCAUGUGUGGAGGACCACGAGAUGACUCUGCACGACUACUUCACCCGCUGCAGCAUUCCACAGGGCAUGUGUCCUGAUGAGACUACAGACCCAUGCUUGGCAAACAACGGUGGCUGCCAUGCUAAUGCAGACUGCUUAACCAUUAAUGGUGGUGUGAGUUGCACUUGCAGGGCAGGUUACAAUGGUGACGGAUAUGCUUGUACAGAUGUUGACGAAUGUGCGGUGUCCAAUGGCGGCUGUUCUGCAGUUGCUAGCUGCACCAACACGGAUGGUAGUUACUGGUGCGAAUGCUUAGCAGGAUACACUGGUGACGGCUUCGCCUGUAAUGAUGUGGACGAGUGUUUGGUUGCCAAUGGUGGCUGUGAUGCAAAUGCCCUGUGUAGUAAUACUGCAGGCAGCCGUGACUGCACAUGUACAUCGGGAUUCACUGGGGAUGGUCUAGUUUGCACAGAUGUGGACGAGUGUCUGGUGGCUAAUGGAGGGUGCCAUGCAAAUGCAGACUGUACAAAUGAUUUUGGUGGCAGAACUUGCACCUGUCAUCCUGGUUACCAGGGUGAUGGCCUUCAAUGUACUGAUGUGGAUGAGUGUUUGGUUGCCAACGGUGGCUGUGAUGCAAAUGCCCUGUGUAGCAACACUGCAGGCAGCCGUGAUUGCACAUGUACAUCGGGAUUCACUGGGGAUGGCUUAGUCUGCGCAGACGUGGACGAGUGUCUGGUGGCUAAUGGAGGGUGCCAUGCAAAUGCAGAUUGUACAAAUGAUGUUGGUGGCAGAACUUGCACCUGUCAUCCUGGUUACCAGGGUGAUGGCCUUCAAUGUACUGAUGUGGACGAGUGUCUGGUUGCCAACGGUGGCUGUGAUGCAAAUGCCCUGUGCAGCAAUACUGCAGGCAGCCGUGACUGUACAUGUACAUCGGGAUUCACUGGGGAUGGCCUAGUUUGCACAGAUGUUGACGAGUGUCUGGUGUCUAAUGGUGGGUGCCAUGCUAAUGCUCAGUGCACCAAUACGGCUGGUAGCAGAACCUGCUCCUGCCUUGCUGGUUACACUGGUGAUGGACUAGUCUGCCAACUCCUCCAGUGUCCUGUUGGCUUUGCUGGUCAAGGUCAAGACUGCGCUCAAGACACUGACCUUGAUGGCUACCCAGACACUGAACUGAGCUGCUCGAGCAAAUACUGCCGCAAGGAUAACUGUGUCAAUAGGCCUAAUUCCGGGCAAGAGGAUGCCGACGGUGAUGGUAUUGGUGAUGCUUGUGAUAGUGAUGCUGAUGGAGAUGGCCUCCUCGAUACUUCGGAUAACUGUCCCCUAAUAGCCAACCCAGGGCAACAAGAUGGAGACUCAGAUACACAUGGAGAUGUAUGUGAUAACUGCCCUGUAGUCUCCAACCCCAGCCAGAAUGAUGUUGAUGGGGAUGGUACAGGCGACCAUUGCGACAGUGAUAUUGAUGACGAUGGAUUGCUAAAUACUGCUGACAACUGUCCCUUGACUGCAAAUAGCAACCAAGCUGAUGUUGAUGGAGAUGGUCUUGGAGACUCUUGUGAUAACUGCCCCCAGCAUAACAAUCCUGGGCAAGAUGAUGCAGAUGAAGAUCGACUAGGGGAUGCAUGUGACGAUAAUGUGGACUCGGACAGGGAUGGUGUGGAAGACAGUGUGGACAACUGUCCAAAUGUGGCCAAUGGUGACCAGCAGGAUGUGGAUGGUGAUGGUGCAGGUGAUGCCUGUGAUACAGACAGCGACAACGAUGGUAUUAAUGAUGGCACUGACAACUGCUUGCUAAUUCCAAACUCGGACCAGAAGGAUACCAAUGGGGAUGGGAUUGGAGACGCCUGCACCUCUGACUUUGAUGGUGACAAAAUUUUAGAUUCGGAUGACAACUGUAUUGCAAACCCAAAUGUGCAUGCCACAGAUUUCAGGCAACUCCAACUGGUGGCAUUAAACCCAGAAUCACCAUCUACUCCUCCAAUAUGGGUUGUCUACGACAAUGGUGCAGAAAUUCAUCAGAACGCGAACUCUGAUCCAGCUAUAGCAGUGGGUGAUCAUACUCUUGUGAACGUCGACUUUGAUGGAACCUUCUUCAUUGAAGACGUCGGUGAUGAUGACUUUGUUGGUUUUAUAUUCAGCUACCAGAGUAACGCAAAGUUCUACGUUGUGAUGUGGAAGAAGGGACCACAACUCUGGCAUGGCCAAGCAGAGCGAGGGGUUGCUCUAAAGCUGAUUGACUCUGCUACAGGCCCUGGCACAGCACUUGAGGAAGCCUUGUGGGUCACUGCAUCGACGCCAAACCAGGCACAAUUGCUCUGGCAUGAUGGCAGCAUUGGGUGGACCCCUAAUGUGGCCUACCGCUGGCAGCUUCACCAUCGGCCUGAUAUUGGUACCAUGAGGUUCUACUUGUACCAGGGUAACAACCAAGUGAUGGACUCUGGAAACAUAUACGACGACACCCUAAAAGGAGGCAGACUAGGUCUCUUCUGCUUCUCCCAAACUCGAAUUAUUUGGUCCAAUGUGAAGUAUACUUGUUCAGAUGAUGUACCCCAAGACAUGUUUAAUGACCUGCCCACUCACCUACAGACACAAGUCCAAAGUUCCUAAGCUCUUGCUUAGAGCGCAGACUGGGGUCAUGCACUUGACAUGAUGCAUCUUGAAGAAUAAGCUUUGAUACUGUAAAGACUCUGGUCUGUAAAUUUUAUAUUAAAUAAUUUUAAAUUAAAA